AUGGAAAUACUAGACAAUGACAGGGUGAUAAUUGGGGGAGAUUUAAAUGGACAUGUUGGUGAGAGGAGGAGUGGGGAUAACAGAAUUCAUGGUGGAUGGAGUUAUGGAGAAAGAAAUGCAGCAGGGCACAAAAUUGCAGAAUACGCUGUAUCUUUUGACCUAAUGAUCGCCAGUACCUACUUUAAUCGUACGGGAGCGGAGACCAUAAAACUCAGUUGUCAAUUAGACUACUUGUUGUCCAGAAGGAAAGACACAAAGCAAAUAAAGAAUACCAAAGCUAUAUACAGUGAAAGUGUGGCUGCGCAACACAAACCCGUAGUGGCCGAUUAUGAAAUGGUUGUGUGCAAAAGACGUAAAUGUAUCAAGACAGGAGAACAAAGAAUAAAGUGGUGGAAACUGAAAGAAGAGGUGUCCCGAGAAAAAUUCAAGGAAACAGUAUUAAGAGAAGUGAAAUUACCAGAGGGUGUACAGGAGUGGUGGAGUUAUAAUAGCAAUUUAAUUACAAAAGCUGGAAAAGACGUGCUGGGUGUAACAACAGGAAAGGGACCACCAGAAGAUAAGGAGGCAUGGUGGUGGAAUGAAGAGGUUCAAAAAGUGAUAAAAGUGAAGAAAGAUGCAAAAAACAAUGGGAUUUAA